GGCCACCACAACAUACAACUCUUUGGGAAAGUAGUCCUUGGCCGGAGGUUGAUCAAGAGACGAAUAAUGUCUUCUGAUAGUGAGCCGUCCCCGGACUCUUCAUCUUCUUCACCACCUGCGCCGGACUCGUCCAAGUCAUCUCCAUCUGGUCCAUCUCCAAAGGAAUCCCCAGAGGACUCAUCUUCGGCGCCACCACCAUCCUCGACGCCGGCAUCAUCACCACCACCGUCCUCGCCGCCUCCAUCAUCAUCUCCGCCUCCAAAGGACUCGUCUUCAUCAUCAUCGCCGCCUCCCAAGGACUCGUCUUCAUCAUCAUCGCCACCUCCCAAGGACUCGUCUUCAUCAUCAUCCCCACCUCCGCCCAAGCAGGGCUCCCAGUCUCCACCUGCACCAAAAGAGGCGACCCCAUCUCCACCUCAUGCUAAGGAAUCGCCGGGGAAGGCAACACCGGCACAACAGACACCAGCGGCAGAUGCUGAAAAUGAGACUUUGAGUGCGCCUCCUCAUCCAGGGCGUUCUCGGACUUCUCCCUCAGGUGCACUCACGCCACCACGUGCUAGUAGUUCCUCAUCAAAAAGUAGUUCUGAUGAUGACGACACAUCAUCAUCUUCAAAUAAAGGCAGGGCGGCGGGAGUUGCAAUUGGGGCAGCUGUAAUUAUAAUUGUCUUGCUCGUCGUUUGUGUGGUUUGCAUCAGGAAGAGAAGGAGAAAGCGACGUGAUAUGCAGUACUAUGGAGAUGCUCCUAAAGCUGGUGGUGGCUAUUACAACACACAACAACAAAGUUGGCACGAUAUGAAUAAUCCACAAGGAGACCAUGUGAUGAGGCUAAACAACCAACCACCUGGUGGUGGUGCUUGGGCUUCAACACCUCCUCAAAUGCCGAUGAGCGGUGAAGUGAGCACCAAUUACUCAGCACCCCCAUUGCCACCUCCCUCACCAUCAAUGGCACUUGGUUUCAACAAGAGCACCUUCACAUAUGAUGAGCUAGCAGCCGCUACUAAUGGGUUUGAUCAGGCCAAUUUGUUGGGUCAGGGCGGGUUCGGGUAUGUGCACAAAGGUGUUUUGCCUAAUGGAACAAUAAUUGCAGUGAAAAGUCUCAAGUCUGGCAGUGGGCAAGGAGAAAGAGAAUUCGCAGCAGAGGUGGAGAUCAUUAGUCGCGUUCAUCAUCGACAUCUUGUGUCACUGGUUGGAUAUUGUAUUGUUGGUGAGCAGAGAAUGCUGGUCUAUGAAUUUGUUCCCAACAAAACCAUGGAAUAUCACUUGCAUGGAAAGGGUCUACCACCUAUGGAUUGGCCAACUAGACUUCGGAUUGCAGUUGGGUCUGCCAAAGGGCUUGCAUACCUUCAUGAAGAUUGCCACCCGAAAAUCAUCCAUCGUGAUAUCAAAUCUGCUAACAUUCUCAUUGAUAACAACUUUGAAGCCAUGGUUGCAGAUUUUGGGUUGGCCAAGCUGUCCUCUGACAAUAACACCCACGUAUCGACACGAGUCAUGGGAACUUUCGGGUAUUUAGCUCCAGAAUACGCAUCAAGUGGAAAAUUGACAGAAAAGUCUGAUGUUUUCUCAUUUGGGGUCAUGCUCCUGGAACUCAUAACUGGAAAGAAACCAGUGGAUCCUUCAAAUGCAAUGGACGACAGCUUGGUUGACUGGGCCCGACCACUUCUCACUCGUGCAUUAGAGGAUAAUAAUUACGCGGAGCUAGUAGAUAUCCGUUUGGACAAUAACUACAACCCCAAUGAGAUGGCCCGGAUGGUCGCGUGCGCGGCUGCAAGUAUCCGUCACUCUGCUAGAAAGCGCGCAAAGAUGAGCCAGAUAGUACGUGCACUAGAAGGAGAUGUAUCGCUCGAUGAUCUAAAUGAAGGGACAAAACCCGGGAAGAGCUCUAUGUUCAACGCCAGUGGAGGAAGCUCGGACUACGAUACGCAGGCGUACAAUGCUGACAUGAAGAAGUUCAGAAAGUUAGCCCUUUCAAGCCAGGAAUUUGGGAGCAGUGAAUUCGGGACUUCAAGUAAUGACUCCAGAGAAAUGAGCACACCCAAGAAAUGAGGACUUUGAGCCCUCAUGCUCUACAACAAUACCGAAUUAAAAGGACAUAAUUAAAAUUCACAGUUCGAUAAAACUGUAAAUACGAAAGCAAUUAAGGAUGAUCAUAUGCAUGUAUGCAUGCAACGUGAUUACUGUUCUAAUUUGUCAUUGAACUUUGUGAUUAAGCUGAAAAAAUGUGAGGUUAAUUGAAGAUUUGGAGUGCCACUGAUCGGGCCGCAGGCUGAUUUGCUUUGGGUAAUUGUGUACUUUGGGGUUAAUUGAAAUGACCCAGAUCUUGAUUAGCUUAAUUAAGUUUGAUCUUUUCUCUGAUAAAUAUGGAUUUGUACUAUAC